AUGCCUCUCCGAAAACAACCUCCUGCCGGACACCCGUUGGUUCUGCAGACAGUCCCUACCAAGUGCCCCUACUGCAUCGACAGCAGAGCUGCCCGGAAGCAAGACGGCUUCCGCACUCGCUUCAAGCGCCUGUUCAAGCGCAGCAGCCAGUCGGUCUGUCACGCAUGUGGUCAGUCAGGACGUCAGAUGCUCGAAUUCCACGAGGUAAACUACACCAGCGAGAGCACCGCUGCUAACUCUACUGAAACGCAGCCUGUUGGCCCCUGGAACGAGACAUUGGAAGAAGCCUGGGAGGAUGAUGCCCCGAGUGAUUUGAACGUUGAUCUCCAGGGCGUCGAGGCGCUUCCCUCUCAGCGACCCACGAGCUUGGAUCCGAAGCUGGUGAAUGACUGGUUUCUUGACCAGUGGAGCGUGGUGCGUAAAGACAGAUUCUUCAAGCGAUGGGAGCGAUGGUCUUACCGGAAGCUGCGGCGAUCGACUCGUAGACCCCGUCGAGCUCGAUACAACCUGACUUCUACACCCCUGGAGGACAUCCCCGAAGAUGCUGAGCCGUUGUUGUUACCGCGUCCACGCAUGCCCCUUGACUGA